AACAUGAACGUGGGAACAGCACACAGCGAGGUGAACCCCAACACCCGUGUCAUGAACAGCCGGGGCAUCUGGUUGUCCUACGUCCUUGGGAUCGGCCUGCUGCACGUCGUGCUCCUCAGCAUCCCCUUCUUCAGUGUCCCCGUGGUUUGGACUCUUACAAACAUCAUCCACAACAUGAGCAUGUACAUCUUCCUCCACACCGUGAAAGGAACCCCCUUCGAGACCCCUGACCAGGGGAAGGCGCGGCUGCUCACGCACUGGGAGCAGAUGGACUACGGCGUGCAGUUCACGGCGUCCCGAAAGUUCCUGACCAUCAUGCCCAUCGUCCUGUAUUUUCUAACCAGCUUUUACACCAAGUAUGACCGGAUACACUUCAUAAUCAACACCAUCUCCCUUAUGAGCGUCCUGAUCCCCAAACUGCCUCAGUUUCAUGGAGUCCGGAUCUUUGGGAUCAACAAGUACUGAUCCGCGUGGCCAGAGCGAAUGGCAGAGGAGCAGGGGAGAGGGGGGAGUUCCUCCUCUCCAGCCCUGUUUCCUCACCCCCACGCACACUGGGAUACAAUUUCACAGCGGCUGUUUAAAUGCAGUAUCCAAUAGACACAUACCGCAUGCUGGAUCCUCGUGCCCAAUAAAUCUAAACAAGCUCCAGAGUAGAGUUUAGUGCGGAGCAGGAUGAGGGACGCUGGAUUUCUUUUAUUCCAGUGUCAUAAAUAGAUGCAGAUACACUGAGACUUCAAGGUACAAAGAGUGUAAAUUCUGGGGAGAUUUUCAUCUGUCUCAGAC